AAUAAGAUCUCCUGGCACGGUCGCGGAGGGCGGGCCGUGGACCCUCCGGUAUAAGGCGGUCCCGGGGGAGUGCGGGGAAGGGGGGGUCUCGGCGGCUGGAGGAGUAGGUGCGGGUGAAGAUGGCGGCAGCCGAGGCCGCGAACUGCAUCAUGGAGAAUUUUGUAGCCACCUUGGCUAAUGGGAUGAGCCUCCAGCCGCCUCUUGAAGAAGUCUCCUGUGGCCAGGCAGAAAGCAGCGAGAAGCCCAACGCUGAGGACAUGACGUCCAAAGAUUACUACUUUGACUCCUACGCUCACUUCGGGAUCCACGAGGAGAUGCUGAAAGACGAGGUGCGCACCCUCACGUAUCGCAACUCCAUGUUUCACAAUCGGCACCUCUUCAAGGACAAGGUGGUGCUGGACGUGGGCUCGGGCACGGGGAUCCUCUGCAUGUUUGCUGCCAAGGCUGGGGCCCGGAAGGUCAUCGGGAUCGAGUGUUCCAGUAUCUCUGACUAUGCGGUGAAGAUCGUCAAAGCCAACAAGUUAGACCAUGUGGUGACCAUCAUCAAGGGGAAGGUGGAGGAGGUGGAGCUUCCGGUGGAGAAGGUGGACAUCAUCAUCAGCGAGUGGAUGGGCUACUGCCUCUUCUAUGAGUCGAUGCUCAACACCGUUCUCUAUGCCCGAGACAAGUGGCUGGCGCCCGAUGGCCUCAUUUUCCCAGACCGAGCCACGCUGUACGUGACGGCCAUCGAGGACCGGCAGUACAAAGACUACAAGAUCCACUGGUGGGAGAACGUGUACGGCUUUGACAUGUCUUGCAUCAAAGACGUGGCCAUCAAGGAGCCCCUGGUGGACGUGGUGGACCCCAAGCAGCUGGUCACCAAUGCCUGCCUCAUAAAGGAGGUGGACAUCUACACCGUGAAGGUGGAGGACCUGACCUUCACCUCCCCCUUCUGCCUGCAAGUGAAGCGCAACGACUACGUGCACGCGCUGGUGGCCUACUUCAACAUCGAGUUCACCCGCUGCCACAAGAGGACGGGCUUCUCCACCAGCCCCGAGUCCCCGUACACGCACUGGAAGCAGACCGUGUUCUACAUGGAGGACUACCUGACGGUGAAGACGGGCGAGGAGAUCUUCGGCACCAUCGGCAUGCGGCCCAACGCCAAGAACAACCGCGACCUGGACUUCACCAUUGACCUGGACUUCAAGGGCCAGCUGUGCGAGCUGUCCUGCUCCACCGACUACCGGAUGCGCUGAGGCGGCGCUGGGUCCUCCCACCCCAGCCGAGCCGGCCCUGCACGGGCCCAGGGGCUGUGGCGUUCUUAGGUGGUUUCGGGGCUCCCCCUUUCUCCCUCAGAAGGGAGUUUUAGGGGCCUGGGUCUGGGAAGGGGGGUGGGAGGGGGAGGGCACAUCGUGACUGUGUUUUUCAUAACUUAUGUUUUUAUAUGGUUGCAUUUACGCCAAUAAAUCCUCAGCUGGGA